AUGCAUCCCGACAAGGCGCACCAAAAUGGAAUGUGCCCAGAAGAAGCGACGAAGCGCUUUCAGCAGAUUCAGGAAGCCUACUCCGUCCUUUCCGAUGCGCAGGAGAGAGCCUGGUACGAUGCGCAUAGAGAGCAAAUUCUCAGAGGCGAUGAUGGGCCCGGUGAGGACCCUUUCAAGACCAAGAUCAACUUGUACAAAUAUUUCAGCGUGUCCUGCUUCGACGGCUUCGGCAAUGACUCUCGCGGUUUUUUCGCGGUCUAUUCCGAACUGUUCGAGGCCAUCGAUGCCGAAGAAGAGCAGUGGGAGGAUGCCGAUGAAGAUCACUUGGCCAUGCCUCCCUUUGGGCGCUCGGACAGCGAGUGGGCCGACGUGUCGGCUUUCUACAGGCACUGGCUGGACUUCUGCUCGCGGAAGGCGUUUGGCCAUGCAGAUCAGUGGAACCCGAAGGACGCCUCAAACCGGCAAGUCCGCAGGGCGAUGGAGCAGGAGAACAAAAAAGCACGGCAGGCUGCAAAGAAGGAGUUCAAUGCAGAGGUCCGACAGCUUGUGAAGUUCGUGCAAAAGCGAGAUCCCAGAUAUCAAGCCCAUCAAAAGCAGCAGAUGAAGGAGAAUAUCGAGAAGAACCAGCGGGACAGAGCUGAAAAAGAUCGCCGAAAAGCUGACGAGGCCAAGGACAAGGAAGAGCGCAAGGCGGCUGCACGACAGGCGGAGGAGGAGCGCUGGGCGGAAGCCAGAGCAAGAAAGGAGGAGCAAAGAGCUCGCGGCGAGGUGGUCAGCGAGGACGAAGAAGAAGGCAGCGAGGAGGAGCUAGUCGAAUACUACUGCGAGAUUUGCAAAAAAAGCUUCAAGUCGGAAAAGGCUUUCGAGCAGCAUCUCAAGAGCAAGAAGCAUCUGCAGGCUGUUGCGAAGCUGCAGAAGGAGCUGGAUCGGGAGAUGAAGGAGGAGGCGAGAGCCUCGAAGAAGCAGCCCCAGGAAGCCGACGAGUCUGAGGAAGAAUCUGAUCAAGAAGCCGAAGGAAAGCUCCAGGAGACGGUUUCGGCAGAAGCAGAACCAUCGAAGCCCAGCAAGCCCGUCAAACACGAGACGGCCGAUUCCGAGACCAGAGAGGACGAUUCCAACAGCGAGAGCAGAAGCGACAGCGAGGACGACUUCCUGGCUCGUUUUGCUGCGAAGAAGCAGGGCGGUCGUGGUGGCUACCCUCAGGCCGCCACGAAGACCGACCAGGCGUCAGAUAGUGAAGACGAGGAGCAAGAAGACAUUCGGGGACGAAGGGCGCAGAAGAAAGAGCAGCAAAUGGCGGCAGCACUGCAGAGGCAGCAGGAGAAAGAUUCAGAGCAAGCUGGAGGCAAGCCAAGAAAGAAGGAGGGUGUUGAGCCCUCUGCGAAAGACGGCCCCAUUCCCGAGGGCAAUGUUUGCGGCGUCUGCGGGGAGGACUUCUCCAGCCGGUCAGCAAUGUUCAAGCACAUUAAGGCAACAGGCCACGCCAUGCUCAAGGCUGCUGUGGCAGAAGAGCCAACUAAGGGCAAGAAGAAAAAGAGGUAG